CUUUCUUCGCCCCAUAUUCUCUCCUCUCUCUCUCUCUCUCUCUCUCACUCUCUAAUAUGGGAUUAUGGCAGGCCCAGAAUACUGUAACUCAAAGAACGAGUCUCAGACUGAGUCCAACCACCAUCCAUCCGAGUUAAAAUCCCUUCUUUCCCUACCAAGCCUCCAGUCGGUUCCUUCACUCACCUCACAAUUAUCCCACCAACAACAACUCUAUCUUUCCAACACCCACCACCACUGCCUCACCACUAUCAAAGGCCACACCUCCUACAUAUCCUCUCUUGCCCUCGCCGGAGAAUUCCUCUACACCGGCUCUUCCGACAGAGAAAUCCGCUCCUGGAAGCGCAACCCUUUACAGGACUCUGAAUCCGACGAUCAUGAAACUCCAACAAACAACCUCGUAACCGCCGGGAAGGGUGCAGUGAAGUCCCUCGUGGUUCAAGCUGACAAGGUCUUCAGCGCUCAUCAAGACAGUAAAAUUCGUGUAUGGAAAGUCAACUAUCACGAGCCUGAUCAUCGAAAGUACACGCGCUUAGCCACGCUCCCAACACUUGGCGACCGCGCCUUGAAGCUCCUGACGCCAAACAACCAGGUUCAGAUUCGACGGCACAAAAAACGCACGUGGGUCCAUCACGUUGACGCUGUGUCCGCAAUUGCUUUGUCGGACGACGAGUCGCUCCUCUACUCCGUUUCAUGGGAUCGGACGCUCAAAAUCUGGCGAACGAAGGAUUUCAAAUGCUUGGAAUCCCUCACAAACGCGCAUGACGAUGCAAUAAACGCACUGGCAUUAUCUGACGACGGCCAUGUUUACACCGGUUCAGCCGACAAGAAAAUCAAGGUGUGGAAGCAAAACAUAGAAGAUCGGAACAAGCAUUUUUUAGUUGCCACGCUGGUGAAACACAACUCCGGGAUUAAUGCAUUGGCUCUGAGCAGUGAUGGGGCUGUGCUCUACUCUGGUGCAUGUGACAGAUCUAUAUUGGUAUGGGAGAAGGGUGGCGACGGCAGCAUGGAGGUUGUGGGGAAGCUUAGAGGCCACGGCAACUCCAUAUUGUGCUUGGCUGUUGUGUCUGAUUUGGUUUGCAGUGGUUCGGCAGAUAGAACUGUUAGGGUUUGGAGAGGAUUCGACAGAAAUUACACUUGUCUGGCAGUUUUGGAAGGACACAGAGGCCCAGUCAAGUGCUUAACUGCAGCAAUUGAUGGUUGCAACAGUACUACAUCCGAUGAAGCUUACCUUGUUUACAGCGGUGGUUUGGACUGUGACAUUAAGGUUUGGCAGGUUUUGGUUCCUAUUCUUUAGAUGACAAAUCCUCCUUUUAGCCGUUAUGUACAGAAUGCGAGGAUAUAUAUAUAUACUGUAACUGUGUGCUUUCUUUCAAUUCCCAGCUUUUUUAUUUUUAUUUUAUUUUCAGUCUCUUUUGGAUUGUAUUUAGAUCCUACUGUACAAGUACUGUUUGAAGGUCGCCCACGAGGAUGAGGGGUUGUUUUUCA